UGUGUGUGUGUGUGGUGUGUGCGCGUUUGUAUGUGUGUAGCGGAACAUGUACUGUGGCUGAUCGCAUUGUUAGACAAAAUCAGAAAAACUGUUUGCAAAAGUGGCAUACAACAUUAAAUAAGAAGCAAAAAAUAAAAAUGGUGCGUUGCGGAGUGGAGAAUUGUCCAAAUAACUCGCACAAUAAUAAGGAUGCAUCAUUCUUCUCUUUGCCAAAACACCAUGAAACGCUCUUGAAGUGGUUAGAAUUCGUAUCGAAUGUUAGGUUGGAUAAUUUCGCUAAGUUUCGAAUAUGUAAUCUGCAUUUUGAAGACACAUGUUUCCGGAAAAAAUAUCCUAGGCCACUAUUACUAAUGGGCAGUAUUCCAACAUUAAAAUCCUUCACAGGUCAUGCCAAUGAAAAAAUCAAUAAAUCGAAGCCGACAAAUGAAAGUUCAACUUCAUCGCCAACGGAUGCAGUCGAUUCAACUUCAUCGCCAACGGAUGCAGUCGAUUCAACUUCAUCGCCAACGGAUGCAGUCGAUUCAACUUCAUCGCCAACGGAUGCAGUCGACUCAACUUUAUCGCCAACAGAUGCAGCCGACACAAUUUCAUCGAUUGAUAUGAAUCAAGUUAUCACCGAUUCAAUCGAAAAAUCUGAAUCAUUAUAUGAUCAUGAAGAUAACUCAGAGGAAUCAAAAAGAGCUCGCUUUCAAAUUGACAUUGAUGUGCCGUCAACAUGUAAAGUAGUAGUUUAUGGUAAGCAAAAGUCUGUACUCAUUAAAUGGUUUUAAUUAGUAAAUAGGCUUGUUAUCAUAUUACGAUAAUAAAGGCCUUCUUAUUUCUUGACUGCAGAUCGUAGAAUAUGCAACAAUCUACAUGUUGAUAUUUAUGUCUUAGAUCGCAAUUAAGUUUUUAAUUAAUUAAGAUGAGUGAUGAAAGAAUUGUAUAUACAUUUUUACAAGUGAUUGGGUGCUUUUCAUUUAGUGACACAAAUCGACACAAACGUAUUUGUCUUUCUUACUCAUUGAAUACUAAAAAAAGAAUAGAAUAAUACUUAUAUAUCAAUUUGUAUCGAUUUGUGUCAUUAAAUGGAAAACUCAUCAUAAUUAC